CUAACAACGCAUUGGUGCAACACUGUUCUCCUUUGAGAACAAACCCUGCCUGUUGGCUGUGAAAAACCAUCUACGGCUCUCGGAGAUGAGGUUCACAAGAUGCAUCACGAUGAUCCAGUUGGAAAUGCUGCUGAAUGUCAUCUUUGUUUCAGGUGGUGAGGGAUCCUGUCAUGCAGAACUUCAUGCAUCUAUGCCAAACAAGAUGGAGGCAUUGAGCGACACUUGUUUGCAAAUUCCAUGUUCAUUUGAUUCAGUACCAUCAAAUAGAAUAGAUAAAAGCCAACCCAUUUGGGGUACAUGGUUGAAAUCGUCCACUAAUAUUAAAGAUGCGGUAUUCCCAAGCAACAUACAAGAUAAUAUAUAUCCAAUUAGUAUCAUUGGGAACAUGAGGGAAUACAACUGCACAACUGUUUUUACAAACAUGAUCUCAAGUUAUGCCAACGUAUAUUACUUCAGAGUGGACAGCACCAGUUUCAAGGCAACCGACAGGUGCAAUAAUCUUACAAUCACAGUUAAAGAUUCAGCCCCAGCACCCUCCAUACAGACCCUCCCGGAGGGACUACUAACGGAGGGGAGCAGGGUAACAUUCACCUGCAGUGCCAUCGCACCCUGUCCCACCCAGCCGCCUCACCUGAGCUGGAACCAGUCAGGAGGCCCUGAGGGCCGGCCGGAACCGCACGGAGACCAAGAGCCUAACGUCAGGACCCGGCGGCUAAACAUCACUCUGUCGGACCGACAUGACGGGGUCCGCCUCACCUGUCUGGUGGAGUAUCCCGUGAACGACCCAGCAGGCGGGCCCAGCAUCAGAACAGCAGAGAGCGUCGUGACGCUCAAGGUUUCCUAUUCCCCGAAGGAUACCCAGGCCUCCGUCAGCCCCCCCACGGUGUCGCUGGGCAGUGUGGUCAACCUGACGUGCACCAGCAGAGCCAACCCCCCCGUUCUCCGGUUCACCUGGUUCAGGAGCAGUGCGGAGGGACCCCUGAACGUGUCAGAUGGAUCUUUGUACAGCUUCAAUGUGUCCAGCUACAGAGGAAUCUACUACUGCGUGGCCACGAAUCCCUUGGGAAACCAAACAUCAAAAGAGAUUACGCUAACUAUCAGCGGUGAAAGCGUCGAGUUGAAUGUCCCUCUGAUAAUUGGUGGAUUCUUUGGUACCGUCUUCUUUAUUGGUCUGAUCAUCGGUGUCCUGUGGUUACUGAAGAAAACUUUAACACAGCAACAGAAUCCAAUAUUCGAGGCGUCAGACAAGCAGGUAGAAGAGAUCAACUACGGAGAGAUCGACUUUGCCAAGCGAGGUGCUGUGCAGAACCCAGGCCUGGUGUUCCCCCAGGGGGAGGAGCAGACCUCAGAGUACGUUGAGAUCACUGCUCAACAGGCUAAGAACACACAGAUCAGGGCUGAACUGGAGAGGAGCUGAAUAGUUUGGACUGGGAUCUCUUUAGUAUCCACUUAUGUCAGCAUGAACAUAUCCUGCUUAAAGUGUAAUUCCGGUGAAUCCAGGGUCUUUGUUUUGGCAUUUAAACUCAUCAAAUAAGCCCUCCAAAUACUUUUUUCAUUGAAAAUCAAGUAUAGAGUUUGCCCAGCACAAUGUUUGGCUUCCAUGUUAUUGGCUAGGGGCACAGCGAAAGCUUUUAAAUCUGCAUUUUUUAACCACUAAUCUAGCCAAAAAUAGCACCAAACGUCUGCAGGCGCAUGAUAUGGGUCCCUACACCUAAAAUGAAGCAUCAACAACUUAGUUAGUGUAGCGGGAGUUUAUUAAAAAAGAACUUGAUUACCAGCUACCGUAGAUAAUAUAAUAGAGGCACCAACAAAUUUAACUUAAAAAUCUGAAUUGGAAAACAGUCUUUUUCAACCAACUCCCGGUACGCUAAUUAAGUUGUUGAUGCAUCGUUUUAUGUGUAGGGACCCUAAUCAUGCUACUGAAGAGGUUUGGUGCUAUUCUGAGCUAUAUUAAUGGUUUUGGAAGAUUUUCGCUGUGCCCCUAACAAAUAACAUGGAGGCAAACAUUGCGCCGAGCAAACUCUAUGCUUGAUUUUCAAUGAAAAAGGUAUCUGGGGGGCUUAUUUGAUGGGAUCACAUGCAAAAGAAAAGACCCUGGGAUAAAUUUUUGCCGGAAUUACACUUUAAGCAUCUAUGGCUGCGGCUGCAAAAUGUUUCUAAAACAUGGCACCCCUUAUGCUUUUUUGUCUCCAAGGCACCCAAUAAACCAAAACAAGUUUGACUCCCUGUAGGGCUAGGUGCUGUUUAUGAGGAUUAUGAGGACGAGGAUGUGAUGUGAAGGGUGACACCGAUUUGAAAGUUCAGCCAGUUACCCAAUGGGUGGAGUUUGUCCCACCCACUCAUUUGCAUUUUAAUAUUGUCUACAUUGAAGCAAUUCAAAUGCAAAGAGAUAGCAUUUUAAUUGUAUAUCUGACUCAAAUAAUGUAUGUAUAUUAUGAACAAUAAAAAGCAUCAGUGAUAUUGCAUUUUCAUCAUCAA